CGCGCGUCCCGACACCCAGCGGCGCCUCCACGGCCAUCGCACCCUGCCGCCGGUGGGGAGCCGACGACCGGCGCCGGCCACGCAACACUAGCUCACAGGUCCCGGCGCUAUGGCUCAGUGCACAUGCGCGGGCUGAGGUCCGCCAUGGCGCUGCGCUGCGCAUGCGCGCUGCUGCUCUGCUCCGCCAUGACUCCACAUGCUGAAAACACGGCCACAACCCCAAGGAAUGCGGUGCUAAGCGACGGGGCGACUACAGUUCCCUCGAGUGCGCCGUUGAGGGCGUCGACGCCAGACGCGACAGUCUCGUCGGUGGUGUCCAGCGAGGCGGCGCCCACUGAGGCCACCCUGCUGGACGCCACACCCGGCAGCAGCGACCCACCGACCCUCGCGGCCGCACCGACGACCUUCCUCGUCGAAUCGACGACGGUGACGACGGCGACGACCGCGACCUCGACGACGUCGACCACGCUGUCAGGCAGCACGUGGCGGCCCCCGCAGCAGCAGCAGCAGCAGCAGCACUCGCACUACCACGUGCACGCCGCGGGCGACGGCCGGCGCUACGGGCCUUACUUCGAGGACGGGGCAGGGCCGCACAACGUGACGGCGCGCGUCGGCCAGACCGUCGUCCUCGACUGCAGGAUCGGCCUCCUCCAGGGCAAGACGGUGUCGUGGCUGCACCGGCGGCACGACGCGCUGCAGCUGCUGACGGUGGGCCGGCAGGAGUACAGCGCCGACCAGCGCGUCACGCUCAGCUUCCGUUACCCCGGCAACUGGCGGCUGCGCAUCGAGUACGUGCGCCUGCGCGACCAGGGACUCUACGAGUGUCAGGUGGCCACGCACCCGCCAAGGGUGCUGCGGAUCUAUCUCACCGUCACCGCGCCCGAGGUUAGCGUGACGGACGAGAAGGGCCACCUGGUGAGCGAGCGCUACUACAAGGCGGGCAGCGCCGUCGAGCUGACGUGCGUCGCGACGCGCCUGCAGGGCCCGCACGAGGCAGUCGUCUGGCGGCACGGCGACGCCACGCUCACCACCGGCGUCAGCACGAACGUGACCUCUGCAGACGGGAGUAGCGUACAGUCUACUCUGAGCAUCGACAGGGUGCACAAAAGGCACUCCGGCAACUACACCUGCGACGUCGGCAGCGUCGCUUCGACGAGCGUCGCCGUCCACAUUCUAAACGGUACCUACCCGACUGUAGCUGUUUCUCAGAAAAACAGACCUAUUUUCUACGUCCUCAGACCAAUUUUAUAUGUCCUCAUCUAA